GGAGGAAAUACCGGUAAACAAACAUGAGUCAGACCGUGGAGCCGGCUCGGUCGCAAGUUCCAGCUUAAAUAUCUUCAAACUAAUAAACCAGUAACUGUGAUCUCCUGUUUCACACUCAUGGCGGAUUUCGGGAACAGCGGCCGACAAGCUGAAGAACACGAUGGGACAAACAGCAGAAAUGUCGCUGAGCCUGUGUGCGGGGCAGGUGACACCGCGGUGACGGUCCCCCAGGGGCUCUGGUCCUCAAACCAGGACCAGAAGAAAAAGUUAGUCCUGCAUGUCGACCUCAACAACACCAUACUGGUGUCGGACGCCGUAACGGGUCAGGGGACUGUAGCUGCUCUGGACUACUUCCUCACAACCGUCACCUGGGGAAAGAUGAGCAAACAUGGAAAAUGGGAAUGGCUGAGUGACUCGCCCUCCCUGCUCCCACCGUGCGAGGACGCUGUUAGUUACUACUCUCAGUUUGGACGGAUACCUGGUUUCACCUCUGCUGCGGGACGAUGUUUCCGCGGGGUCCUAGAUGAACAUCUGGAUCUGCUCCGCUGGCCCGAGGGCAUCAAGGGAGACAGAGAGCUGUGCGUAAAAGGAGAAGAUGGACGACUGUAUCACUGGAUCCUCCCCUCCUUCUUCCAGCUGCUCAAAGACCUGGUGCAGGAAGGACGGGAGUUUGCGGUCCUGUUUCGCACGUUUGGAACUGACCUACCUCGUGUGCUGAGAGCUGUGCACAGAGCACUGAAUGAAGGGUCUCACCCACUGUUCCCUGAUCUGCCUGAUCUGAAGUUGAGUGUGAACAUGACUCCAGGCAAGAUCCGCUGCAGCAAGAGAGGGAUCGUCCUGAGUCGAGCCGAGGACCGCGUGUCCACUCGAGACGGAGAGAGAGGCCUGUAUCAGUACUUCAGCUCAGUCCAGGGCCUGGGAGGCUUUCAGGACCACUUUGACUGGUGGGCUAGUAAUACAUUCUCCAUCCACGGGGGGAAGCCUCUGUGGGUCGACCCCUUUGACCAGCACGUUCAGCACAUCUUCAUAGACGACAACAUACGACAGAACGAUGAAGAUACCAUCGUUCAUCCCAAGGUUUUCUUGGACCCAGGUGGCAAUGAGACUCGUAUAGCCUGCACCUCUGAGCUGUAUGACAUCACCUUGGUUCAGACCGACCUCCUCCGGGCCAUCUCUGACCCAAACUACUUCAGUCAGCGAGUCCACAUCUGUCUGGAAAACUAUGAGAGGAACGUCCAGCAGGGGGCAGACUAGAACACGCUCCGUCUGUGUGACAAACUCCGAUUCCACACAAACUGUCAGAGGAUGGAGGCACAGUAGAGUGUAGGUAUGAUUAUUUAACACAAAGGUUGAAAACUUAUUGAAGAACUGAUGUGAUUUAUUGAGAUUACAUCUGGAGGAAGGUUACAUGAACAAGUGUAUUGAAGAGGAGGGAUCACUGUUAUUAAGAAAAUCUUAUAGAACAUUUCUAGGGAGACAAACUAAAUCCACUUCAGUGAGAUUUCAAAGUGUGGCAGCUAGAUAAGGAGGACUUUAAUUCAUCUCAAAUGACUUAAAUACCACACGUACUUCAUCUACUCCAGGACAGCAGUCAAACAAUGUCAGCUUAUAAAACAAGCUCUUCUCAGUUAGUGUGUACUGUCUGCUGCUCUUUUCUGAACCACCAUAAAAAGAGUUGUUGAUUUAAUUAAGCACUGAAGCGUCCAGGGCAGACUCUUUGAUGGCAGCAAAGGCUCCGACUAAUCAUGCCACAGGAUAAUUACGCUAACUCUGUCAAAUUUGUGUCAGACAGUGUAAUUAGGGUCAGAUAUGGUCAAAAGCGUUGCGUUCGUUGUCUGGAAUCCACCAGGAGUUUUGCUCCUGCUCCUCAUUUGUCACACUCAGGUUGUGACACUCGCUCUUAGGUCGUCAGGACAUGUGAUUUUAACUUGGUCAGUGUCGUCGUUUACUUCCACUCAGAACUGAGAGGUCAUACUUGAAUAUUUCCAGAGGUGUGUGGUGAUACAUUCAUGAAAGAUUUGUCAGUCAGAAAAAUGACUCUUCGUGACAUUUGGCUCAAACUCUCAGCUUUAGACUGUAGAGUCUGGUGCAGCAACAUUUUUGGUUACAAUCACGGAACACACCAUGUUAGAUUUACAGACCAGUUCUUGACGUAGUCGGUUAAGAGUAAUCCAUAUCAAUGCCGCAUUUUUCAGAGCAGUUUGAUCAUAUCCUCUGGGAGGCACUGACACCUAAUUAGGUUGAACAUGAGUUUGGGAUGUGUUUGCACUGAAUUAUUUACUGCAGCUUUGUUUUAUAUAAUUUGAAAGCUCCCAUGUGUGGAACAUUUACUAAGUUGAAUGUGUGUAGAAAUUGUGUUAGUUUUUGCUUUGAGGGUUUGAGGAAAUAUUUAUUGUUCAUCUUCCAGGGAGAUUUUUAAUUGCUUUGUGUUCCUCAGGUCAGUUGUAGAGAAACAGCUGAAUGCAAACUACCAGUAAUCUAAUCAGGAUUCCUGCAGACCACUGAAGACAGUGCAGCGAUGAUACCAGUGUUAGUGUUCAGUAGAUAUAGAGCGUGGAUCUCCAUGCAGAAGAUUAAAUGCAAGUGAAAAAUAUAAAGCCAAAGCUUUGCUGAUGGUGGUAGCAUUACAGUAUUUUACUACUGAUGAGUUUUAAUUUGCAAAACUCUCAAAACAGAAAAUGCUCUACUUCUAAUUCUUCUUCAAAAUCUCUCAUUAAGACACAAAAUUAAAAUAUCUGAACCAAUUUAGGCAGUACAUUAUGCAGCCAGUUUAUCAGAGCAUCACAGCAUUGUCUAUGUUUAUCACAGAAUUUUAAUGAAAUGCUCAUUAAUCAGAUAUUUCUGUCAAACAGUAGCUACAUGAUUUCUCAUCCAAACAGAGGCAGCAUCAGAAUUCAAGAUCAUACACACAACACUAAUCAAGAGAAGGUGCAGUUUUACAGACGUCAGUGGAAAUGGUGAAUAAUAAGAAGGACAUUUGAAAACUUAUCAGGAUUUGAUAUAUUACUGUAAAUAUAGAUGGUGAAGUGAAGAUUUUACUCUAUAGUAAAUCCUACAUUCAAAGAAGGCAAAAUAAUUACUUCACUGCAUCAUUUUUUUCUGUUCUGUAUCUUGGAUUGGACAGGUAUUAUUCACGACAGCAGAUCUUAGAGAUUUUGAUUACUUGUAUAAGUUUGAUCAUCUAAAAUACAGCACUCUACUGUAAUACUGUUUCUGAAAAGUGAGGCAAA